AUGAAAGCACUGCUCAAUGCCUCAGCACCGACAACAAGGAACAUCUCUCGAGUGCAAUUCCAUCAUCAUAGAACCAUCUCUUCAUCAUGUCUGUGUUAUGAUUAUUCAACUAAAAGUAUGAUGAAUUUAGCUCCAACAACAACAACACCAAAAAAAUCCAACACGAGUGCAACUCUAGAUAAUAACUUCAACCAAACACGUUUGGAAUGGAAGCAAGGAAUAUUAUCGGAUGGAACCGUUUUCUACAAACAUCCCACAUGGGAGGAAGUCGUCGCUGAAAAACAAAGAAGAAUUGAAAUGACAAAGAAUAAUUCUAUUCAAGGAACACUCACAGCAGAACAAAUUCAAGUAGUUAGGCAUUUGCACGAACAAGACCCCGAGAAAUAUUCAUCAGCAGUGUUGGCUGCCAUGUUCCGUGUUAAACCAAUCUAUGUGGCACAAGUCAUUGACAGAAUGGCGGUUCAAAGCGAUAGAGUGAGAUGGAAGGCUAAGAAGGACAUUUAUCUACUCAAGAAGCAAAACAGAAACAGACCAAGAAAGGGUACUAAGGAGUAUCACGACAAGUAUUAG